UCUUCCCCUGGCCUUCUCCAUUUCUGCUGUUCUUACAUCUUCGUUUAGUUUCCUUCCAAUUUCUGUGUCUCCAAAUAGUUUCAUCCAAAUGGCGACGGCUAUGGUUGAAGAUUCCAACUUCGAAGAUGAUCAGCUUGCUUCAAUGGCCACCGAUGACAUUAUUAGGGCUUCGCGUCUGCUCGACAAUGAGAUUCGGAUUCUCAAGGAAGAGGUGCAAAGAACAAAUCUGGAGUUGGAUUCAUUCAAGGAAAAGAUAAAGGAGAACCAGGAGAAGAUUAAACUCAAUAAGCAGCUGCCUUACUUGGUCGGGAACAUUGUCGAGAUUUUAGAAAUGAACCCAGAAGAUGAAGCAGAAGAAGAUGGUGCAAAUAUUGAUCUCGACUCACAAAGGAAAGGAAAAUGUGUUGUACUGAAGACAUCCACUCGCCAGACUAUCUUUUUACCUGUUGUUGGGCUUGUUGAUCCUGACAAGUUAAAGCCAGGUGACUUGGUUGGUGUAAACAAGGAUAGUUACCUGAUUUUGGAUACUCUGCCAUCUGAGUAUGAUUCUCGAGUGAAGGCUAUGGAGGUUGACGAGAAACCAACUGAAGACUACAAUGACAUUGGAGGGCUGGAAAAGCAGAUUCAAGAACUAGUGGAGGCCAUUGUCUUACCCAUGACCCACAAAGAGCGGUUUCAGAAGCUAGGAAUUCGUCCACCUAAGGGUGUGCUCUUGUAUGGACCUCCUGGCACUGGGAAAACUUUGAUGGCACGUGCUUGUGCAGCACAAACAAAUGCUACCUUCCUGAAGUUGGCUGGCCCGCAACUUGUCCAGAUGUUCAUUGGGGAUGGAGCAAAACUUGUUCGAGAUGCUUUUCAGCUUGCAAAAGAAAAAUCCCCAUGCAUCAUUUUUAUUGAUGAAAUUGAUGCUAUUGGAACAAAGCGAUUUGACAGCGAAGUAAGUGGAGACAGGGAGGUGCAGCGAACCAUGUUGGAGUUACUCAAUCAACUGGAUGGGUUUAGUAGCGAUGAACGCAUUAAGGUUAUAGCAGCAACAAAUCGUGCAGAUAUUCUUGAUCCAGCACUCAUGCGUUCUGGUCGAUUAGAUCGGAAGAUCGAAUUUCCUCAUCCCACUGAAGAAGCAAGGGCUCGAAUCAUGCAGAUCCACUCAAGGAAGAUGAAUGUCCACCCAGAUGUCAACUUUGAAGAACUAGCUCGGUCCACCGAUGAUUUCAAUGGUGCGCAACUAAAAGCAGUUUGUGUCGAGGCGGGCAUGUUGGCUCUUCGCCGUGAUGCAACUGAGGUGAACCAUGAGGACUUCAAUGAAGGUAUCAUACAAGUUCAAGCCAAGAAGAAAUCAAGCCUGAAUUACUAUGCAUAGAGCUAUCAAACAUCAACCAAUGGUUGUGGCCAUGGCAAAUCCAGAAACAAAUGAGCGAGAAGUUCGUCAACACAGACCCGACAUUAGAAGCUCGGCUUCUGUGCAGUUCAGUUCGUGUUCUAAAUUUGGAGGUAUGAUAGCCAGGCAGAAUCAGAUGCUCCUCUAAAGAUUGUUAUUUCUUCAACUGGAAAUUGUUGGGUCCUUUUUAAAAAAAAUUAGAAUUAGUCUGUUGUCUGAUGUGAAAACUGAGAGAAGCUUUUAGAUCUUACACCAGCUGAUAGAUGUGUUUAUUGUUGGUGUUGUAAGAAAGUUUGUAAGUUUACGCGGAAUGCUUCUGGUGAAAGUGCUUA